GUUGGAUAUCGAUGGGACACGAAGCGAUACGUAAUCAGUGGGUCCACGAAGAGCCUCGUGUUGUUGAUCCCUUGACGAUACGGGCCCUGGGCUGUGCUCUUCAUGCGAUGAGCGUUUCCCCUCACCUCCCAUCUUCUUUUUCUACGCCUUGACAUCCAAACACUACUCUGCAGCGAGCCAUAUCCUCAUCAUGAGUGAUGACGCCCCACUCGCCAUUGGGUCCCAGUCGUUCGACGAACAAAGGCUCGCUUCGCUCACCGAGCGCCAUGUUGGUGGUCUGAAAGUCAGAGAGAACUCUGUUCGGCCUAUAUUCAGGCUGCCGCCGGAAAUCCUCGGGAAUAUAUUCAAGCAUCUCGCAAGGACCUAUGGCUUUUUCCAUUUCUACAAGUGGAUCGGGAUCUCGCAUGUCUGCACGCUCUGGCGCGGUGUCGCUCUGGAUGAAGCCGCGCUUUGGAGCCAGUUCAGCGUUACUCCUCGCGUCGAGUGGAUGACUGAGUUGCUGAAGCGCUCGAAACAGGCACCGCUCGUCGUUGCCGCGGAUUUUGACGAGGAAGAUUCUGCCAAGAGGCAGGCAUUUGAACUGGUAGCCAUGGAGGCUGGAAGGAUCCGUGAACUAGUGCUGGUUGCACCACAGGAUAUGCUACAUGAUCUGAUGAGCGUCAUCGACAAUCCGAUGCCGCUGCUCCGUUUGCUCCAUGUGUCCGGUACAGAGGCAGGGUUUAAUCUGCCGGAGUCAAACCCGGGCUUAUGGAUACCGUUGUUACAACAAGCCCGGCCUCUAGAAACGCUACAUGUCAAACAAUAUGCUGUGCGGUGCAGCGACCUCAUCAUUCCCUCGCUCAAGCACCUCACGGUCGCGGAAAUACCCAGAAUAUCCCAAGCCAGCAUAUAUGAAUUCCUCGACAUACUCGAGAGUCUUCCCCUGCUUGAGGAAAUGCAUCUCGACGGCGUCUUUUCGGAUAUGGAUACCAUAGAAAAAGCCAAUCGCCGUUCUUAUUCCAAGGCAAUUGCGCUCUCAAACCUGCGCACCCUGCACAUCAGCGCGGAUCUUGAAUUAUGCAUACGUUUCAUGAAACAGCUCUCUCUUCCCAGUAUAUCUGCCCUUAGUCUGUCCUGCACGGGCUUGGAAGGCGGUCACGCUCUCGCUCGAUGUCUUGCCAGGAACCUUCCCGAGGCUUUCCUUUCCAAGCUUUCCACUGUCUGUCUGUCCCAGAAUAAACAUUCGGCUUGUGCAUACUUCCAUGAACAUGACAACAGGUUCAACGAAGAGGACAAACGUAAUGUGCACGAGCGCGAGCGAGGCGGGAAUGACGAAGAGAAAGAUGAGGGCGAUUAUAGUAAGGAGGAGUAUGGAGAAGGUGAUGGAGAAGGUGGAAACGAUGGAAAAGCGUUCGCAGAACAAGAUCGUCACUGCACCCUCAAGGUAAUGUUCUGUCAAUUCGGAGAUGUGCAACAACAAACGAGACUUGCAUCAUUCCUUGAGCGCUUCACGCUUGCAGUCAAGGUGACCGCACUCUCCCUCAAACAUUUCCCACCCGCCCGCAGAACGGAAUGGAAGAAUAUUCUCGCACCCAUGAAAGACGUGGAAUACGCCCAUAUCGAAGGCAAAUCCGGAGUUGAUCGUGCACUGGUUGCGAUGAUCAUCUUCGACGACGAAGAUUGCUUGCUGCCCAAGUUGCACACCCUGGCGCUCGAAAAGAUGAAACUCAAGGAUGAUCACGCCCAUUUGCAUCAGCGGGAUAACCUCGGGAUGCUGCGGGAGGGUCUGGAGAUGCGACGUGAGGUAGGCUUGGACAUCAAGAGAGUCAAAUUAACGCGUUGCAGCAAUGUGGUUCAGCGCGACAUCGACAAACUCGGCAAGCUUGUGGAGACGGUGGAGUGGGACGGAAAGGUGCAAAUCGUCGAGCCAGUGCUAUGCUAUGGACAGUAUAUCCACUGGAGUCCUAUUCCCCCCGGCAUGAAGUGGUACGGUCCGCCACCAAGGGAGAUGGAUCCGUACUACUAGCUGGCAUGCCACCUGCACUUAGUACACGAGGUGGUUUGAAUAUUCCCUAUCAUAACGCGCGAUUUCAUGGAACAGAAGUGUGAAUGAGCUUACAAAGAGAUCGCGACACAUCGUGGUCGAUAGUAGUAUCCCGAUACCAUCAUGGAGUCCGGACGCCUUUCAUACUCCCUUGUCCAUCCGCUGUUUUCAUGGAGCGCGCUGAUAAUUUCAACUACGGCUCACCGUCUCCAUGCUUCACAGUAAUGAUCUUUCUCUAGUAUUUAAUCCCCGGGCAAUGAUAUAUGCUGCGAGAAUGGCGAGAUGAAAUCCGGAA